AUGGAUCCACUGGGGUACAGUUCUAGUCGUCUUCAUCCGCAUCCCGCCUCAGCUACGGCGAGCUCCACGGCGCAUACUCCAGCUCCCGCUCCGUCGAUACGUCUCUCUCACCCCGGGUUUGACCAGGACGGUGCUGCCGCUGGCGGCGAUGAUGCGGGCGAUAGCUCACAGCAAUAUCAGCAGUACUCGAGUGGCCCUGCGACGUGGGGUGGAGGGCAAGAUGAAGGCGCUGGCGGAACCCUCGGUGGUGAUGGGAGCAGCUAUCAAUAUCACCCCGAUGUCCAGGAGACAGCUCCUGUGGCUGCUGCGAGCACAACGGGAUCGAAGAAGACGGCCCAGCCGUCGACGACGACGAAGAUCCGUCGGCGGAAUCGAAUGAUAACUUCCUGUCUGGAAUGUCGACGUCGAAAGCUCAAAUGCGAUAGGCUUCAUCCCUGCACCAACUGCUCGAAGUUCAAGCGUCACUGUCUCUUCCUAUCCCCGACUACAGAUGCGCUGUCACGUAUGAAACUGAUGGAGCUGAAGGAGAAGAUGGGGUCUCUCGAACUUGUCCUCGAGCAGGAUGUCGCCGCCAGACAGACAGGGCGGAUGAACGCUGGUGAUCCAGGUACCGGUGCCACUACGUCUACCGCGCCUCUAUCUGGAUUUGUUUCGGGGGUACUGGAACAGACACAUAAUGAUCGAAAGAGCGAGGAAAACUUUGAUUCGAACACGUUGGAGAUUCUAGACAAUGUGGAACAAGAUAGAGGUUCUGUUCUAGAUGAUGAGAAGUUCCUACGGCCUACACCGUUGGCUGUCAUGGACGCAGCAUAUGACGAUGAUGCUGAUGACGAUACCUUUGAUAUCGGCUUCAGGUUAGGCAAGAUGAGGAUGACAGAUCGACUCGGCGGCUUCUUUAGACCCAGGAUCGCAGACGAGAUAUCCGUCGUGCUAAAGGAGCCAAAAGUUAGCAAUGGAAUCACGGAUACGUCCUUGAACACGCCCGUCAAAGUCCCAGAUAUGAAGCCGCCGCGGCUGCGAGAUUUGAUGCCCGAAGGCCAGGAAUCCUUCUUCCAUCCGGGGCCUACAUAUAUAGCUCCUCACUCCGAUUUCUUCUUUGGCAGUGGUCGAAAGACCUCACUGGCCGAUUUCCUACCAACCAAAACUGCAUCGGAUAGACUGCUGGAACAGUACUGGGUAUCCGUCGACCCUGUGGCCAAAAUCCUCCACCGACCGACUUUUGAAAGGCAGUAUCGAGACUUUUGGUCUGAUGUCACCAGGAGCCUUGAACCUCCCUACUCCCUCCAGGCUGUUGUAUUCGCAGUUCUGUUCACAGCGGUAGCCGGUAUGCAGGAACAUCUGGUGCUGAGCACAUUUGGAGUAGCCCAAAAGAAACUCAUUGAAAAUUUUCAGCUGGGAACCGAGAUGGCUCUUGGAAAAGCACAUUUCCUUAAGACCACAAAGACACAGACCUUACAAGCCCUGGUCAUGUACAUGAUUCCCAUGUGUCGAAACGAGGUUUCCCGUACGCACUCUGCGCUUGUUGGAACUGCUAUUCGUCUGGCCGAGUGUAUGGGUAUUCACCGUGACCCUGAGGAGUAUGGGCAUGGCCCUGUAGAAACUCAUAUCCGUCGGAUGAUCUGGUAUCAGCUUUGCUUCCUGGACCUUCGAACAAGCGAAUCCCAAGGGCCCCGUCAAACUAUCAGACGAGAAGAUUUCUCAACUAAAUUCCCACUCAAUGUCAAUGAUGCCGAUUUUGCGUUACACCACGAUGGCCGUCUGACUGAUAUGCCCAAAUUCACGGAUAUGACGUUCACCCGCUUACGGUUUGAGUGCCAUGAACUACAUCGACUUGUCUACGUUGAUCGAAUAAAGCUAGAGACGAAUAGCAUUAGUUUGACACGCGUGCUGGGGAAGAUUGAAGCAUUUAGACGAGCCACUUAUGCAAAAUAUGGACCGCUAAUCUAUGUGCCCAACCCCAGACCAAUCCAACGUGCAGCUCAAUUAGUAUUAUCCAUCCUUAUAUGCCGCAGCUAUACUGCUGUGCUACAUCGAUACCACAAUAGUGUUUCAGUGAGGAUUCCAGAUCGUCUACGCCAGAUCAUCAUUACCGCUUGCACGCAGAUUCUUGAGGAUGCCAUUGAGCUUGAGACGGCACCGGAUUUACAGCCUUGGGUUUGGUACUGCGGUGCCUUCAAUCAAUACCAUGUCGCUUUUCUAAUCCUAGUGGAGGUCUGGGCCUACCCUAUGCGAAAAGAGGCAGACCGAAUUUGGAGAUGCUUGGACUACGUUUUUGAAACACCGUCGACUCCGGCUCCCCUUGGAAGCGCGGGUAAAAGUGCCCGACAUCAGCUAAUAAUGCAACGAGAUAACAAGGCUCGUUUGAUUCUCGAGCAACUCAGAGACAGGAUGGAGGCAUACCGUGAAAUGAGAAAGUUAAGAGUACCCAUAAGCAUGGCUGACACCAAAGUCCUAAGAAUGACGCCUGACGCUGUGACAUCUCGGGAGCCAACUCCACCACAUACAACUGAUCAAACUACUGGAGGUAGUACUCAGUUAUGGGGGCCUCAAUAUACCUCUCAGCCAUUCGAAGAGAGCCAAUCAAUACCAGCGACAUCUGCCCCGUCUUUCCACCCAUCUCAUGUCUCACCUCCACGUAUGUUUAGCCAUGAACAGUAUCAGCUUCAAUCACAGCAAGGGCGGCGAUUAUCACCAGCCUCCCGUAUGGAACAAUACCAACAUGGCCAACCCAGUUACCACAACCCACAACAUUCUUCAUCGUCCCCAUAUUCACCUAACCCAGGAUAUAACAACAACUUACAGCAAACCGGUUAUGUGCCAGGUUAUCCAGCUCGAGGUCCCGGCAGAGAAAGCUUAGACUCAGGGACUGGAUCAGAGGAAUCUGGCCCAGGAAAUCUUUGGUUUGCAGCUGGAGCUGAUAACGCAAAUGCUAGCGCCGGCCUUGCACCACCGUUGAAACCUGCGCCACAAGGACCGUCGGCCAUAAGGGCAAAGCUAAGCAAUACAGAAGAAGACCUUCCGAUGCUAGAUAUUGACUGGAAUGAAUGGGAUAAAUUGUUUCCUCCCGAUAUCAAUAAUGGUGACCUUAAUCUCCCACCUUUAUCACCCAUGUUGGGUCCCACGGAUACUGCGACUUCGCUAGAAGACAUGUCUUCGCUACCUGCAACAACAAAUCCAAACUAUCCGCCAUAUCCUUAUUCGAACAACUAG